AUUAUAUAUAAAAUUAAAUUGAAUUUUCAUAAAAAAAAAUCAUCAAGAUCCAAGAUUCAACGCUCAUUUGCAACAAAUUUAAAUUAAAUUAACAAAUAAAAUUAAAGAAAAUAUAAAAAAAAAUCAUAAGUAUUUAAAAACGCCAACAUAUUUCAAAAAUAUUACAACGUUUUUAAGAAAAACAAAACAUCUUUUAAAUCGUAAAUAUAAAUUUAAUUAUAAUAAAAAGAAAAACAUCAUAAAAAAACACAAGUAAACGAAUCUAAUUUAAAUCUAUAGUUAAUGUGUUACUAAAUCAAAAUGGUCCGAUUUCUAACAACUGCAUAUAAUGCAAUUAUAGGCGCCUGCGAUAAAAUUGUACCAGCAUCCCUAAGGCCCUUAUGGAUGAAUCCGGCUGGUCCCAAAACAGUUUUCUUUUGGGCACCUAUUUUCAAAUGGGGUCUCGUUAUUGCUGGUAUUGGUGACUUAAAACGUCCUGCUGAACUUCUAUCCAUCAAUCAAGCGUCAACAUUGACAGCUACAGGUCUUAUUUGGUCACGUUAUUCCAUGGUCAUAGUGCCGAAAAAUUAUAUUUUAUUAACUGUUAAUAUGUUUGUCGCCCUAACGCAGGGUAUACAAGUUGUACGAGCUGUUAGAUAUCAAAUGGAACAGAAUAAAGAAAAUUAAAAAUAAAAUUUCACGAAAUGUACUCAAAACCAAAUUGCGGCUAAAUCUGAAAAUUUAACGCCGUUAACAAGAAGUCGCCUUUGACAAACACACAAUAAACAAACAGCUGUCAAUUACACAAAUUGCAAAAAAAUUGACAUUGUUGUAAAAAAAAAACAAAAAAUAAAC